AUGUCAUUUUCUGCGGAUGGAAAGCUACUAGCAACUGGCUGCGAGGACAAAAACGCGUACGCAUGGGAUGUUGCUGCGAUUCUUAGAGAGGCUGGCCUCGAUAAUCUUCUUUCGGAUCCAAAGGCAAACAAGUCGGCACUCCAUGCUAAUACUACACGACGUCCGGUCCAGCGACGUCCGCCUUAUCGGGCACCCCAAGGUUUUUUCGAUGGUGUUCCACCAGAUCGUUCUUACUUCUCUGCACGAAGCCGUCACCACUCUUCAGCACUGCCAGGCAGCACACUUUUUCGCCGCUUAUUUCGCCGCAGCCCCUCCAAUGGCCAUGAUUCGUCACCGUCCUCCCCUCUCCAGUGGGCUCAAGCCCUUUUGAAACGGCGCGGACAAAGUUGUGAAGGUACCGAGCUGCAAGGGUGUAGCCCUGCAGUUAUCAAGGUUCCGUAUGCGAAGGGCAAACGUCCCAAUGCCACGCAGCAAUCCGGCACAGCUACUCCGAGUCAGACCCAUCCAUCUUCACAACCACAGCCGGCUGUCUCCAAUUCGUCUACCGCACCUGCUGUUGGUGACAAUACCGCAGCUACAACUUCAACACCCUCACACCCUGACGUAAUGUUUAUACAGGCUGGAUUCUGGGCUCGCUUCUGGCUCUUCAUUGGUUGUCUGUCUCCUGAAUACCAGGAUGGUCAUCAUUAAUCUAUGAUUUCCUCGUCCCCUAUGAUGAUCUUUCG